AUGCCGAUGUUCCGCCUCAAAACGGUCUUCCCCCUCAUUGCCCUUUUCUCCAUCGGCUUCUUCUUCUUCGCCGUGCAACGCUUCGACAAUGCGGCCUUCUCGCGCUUCAAGCACCCCAUUGACCGGGUGACCCAGAACGCCCCCCAGAUCCACCUCUCGCAACCGACGUCCUCUCCGCCGACGACAUCUUCCAAGACCUGCGAGGUGGAUCCUGGUGUCAUGGCUCCCUUGCCCUUCACCGAGUGGCUCCCGCGCAAGAACUACACCCGUGCCUACUUCCGCCCUCACCAUGUCAGCCCCAAGGCCGAAUUCAGCUCGUUGGAGGAGAUCCAGCAGCCCGUGCUCCCUCCCAUGACCGUGUUGGAGCGUGGUAUGGUGAUUUCCCCCGACAACAAGGAAGCCGCCAUGCCAUGCCCCCCGAUCAUUGAUGUGGAUGUGGCCGCGGAUGAUGACAUUGAUGAGACCGACAAGCUUCUGUUUGGAUUGGCCACGACAGCGGACCGUCUCGACCGUCUUCUUCCUUCCCUUCUCUACUCGUAUGGAAACACCAAGGCUGGUAUCAUUGUCCUGGUGCCCGAGUCGGACGACGACAUUCCGAAGCAGGAGACGUACUUCCGGAACCGUGGCUUGGAUCUGCAUUUGAUUCAAUCGCCGCUGGAAUUCACCGCCCGUUACUUCGGCCUGGUGCAGGCGUUCGCCGACAUCAUCCGUACCAAGCGUCCUCAGACCCAAUGGGUCAGCUUCAUUGACGAUGACACUUUCUUCCUGUCCCUCCCAACCAUCGCUCAGGAGCUGAAGCUUUUCGAUGUGAACAAGAAGCACUACAUUGGUGCUCUGUCGGAGGCCAGCUGGCAAGUCGACACGUUCGGCCACAUUGCCUUCGGUGGAGCCGGUGUCUUCGUCUCCAAGCCUCUCCUGGAUGUUCUGGAGAAGUACUACGAUGAGUGCCAGUCCUGGGGUGAGCAGCCUGGUGACCAGAAGCUGGGCCAGUGCAUCCAGCGCUAUGGCGACACCCCCCUGACUCUCUGGCCCUCCCUCUACCAGAUGGACAUGAAGGGCGAAGAGGAGAUUGUCAACAACUCCACCGGCAAGUCCGUUCGCACCUUCUGGGUGUUCACCAACGGCUAUUCGCUGGUGAAGUACACCUACGAUGAGGACACCCCUGAUGAUGCCAUCAACUUUGACCACGCGGAGAAGACCUGGGAGGAAGAUCCUCGGGGCUACGAAGCCCGUCUCGGACCUCUCCGCUGGCGCGAUCAGGAUGGUGUGACCAAGGAUCGGUGGCUCCUUCGGGAGGCCUUUCGUCGUUGGUGA